AUGGGUUCUGGAACGGACUUGUUCACGUUCUGCCCUCCUGGGCCGCUGGACCGACUAAACGACACCUCGCAAAUAUGGCGCGGAAUUGACUUGGAAUUGAGCUUCGCCAGCCAUUCUCUGGCCUCCCUUAGCUCCUCUUCCUCAUGUUCUUCCGCAUUCAGGGCUGCUGCGCGCCUCGAUGCGAAGGAUCUCACGGCCGCUCGAUGCGCUCCCGGAAUGGCCAGAGGACGAGCGACCGCGAAAGUGCAUGCUCGUCUGAGUGACGAAAUCAUUUCGUCUGCAUAUUGUCUGGGAUACAAAAGCUCCAAACAAGGAAGACCGCCUGCCGUUCUGGGCGGUUCGGCCGCAUCCACUAAGUCUCAAGGUUAA